GUGAAAGUUUACAGCUGCACAUGGUGAUUGGUGGAUGACCUCACCAUAGUGGCCUUUAUUGACUGGCAGGUCAGCUGACCAAUCAGAGGAGCUGCAUCUUCUGCAACAAGCCAAACAGGUAUGUUGGCCAUGGAAAUACUGCUGAAGCUCCUCCCUCUCUCAUGUGGUGUGAGAAAGUUCAAAAUCUGAACACAGCUGGGAGAGCUCCUUUAUUUCCUCCUCCUGUUAACACACACAGACACACACACAGAGUGCAGAUACAGAGCUGCGUUCCACACACACUCACACGUGCUCACCUGGCGCUUUAAGCCAUGUCGCAAACACUCACUCAGAAUCCUCUGGAGAAGACCUGGGGUCCAUGGAUGCAAAGCAGGCUGAACAGACGGAGAGGCUCGUCAGUGCCGCAGUUCACCAACUCCCCGACCAUGAUUGUGAUGGUGGGACUCCCAGCGCGAGGGAAAACCUACAUCUCCACGAAGCUCACCAGGUACCUGAACUGGAUCGGCGUCAAAACCAAAGUGUUUAAUGUGGGCCAGUACAGGAGAGAGGCCACGUGUUCCUACAACAGCUACGAGUUCUUCAGACCCGACAACCAGGAGGCCAUGAAGAUUCGCAAGGCCUGUGCUGUCGCUGCCCUCAAAGAUGUGUGUGAGUACUUCAACAGAGAGCUGGGUCAGGUGGUGGUUUUUGAUGCCACCAACACCACCGCGGAGCGCAGAGAGGUCAUCCUGAACUUUGCCAAAGAAAAUGGCUACAAGGUUUUCUUUGUGGAGUCCAUAUGUGACGACCCAGAUAUCAUCGCUGAGAAUAUUAAACAGGUGAAGCUGAGCAGCCCAGACUACACAGGCUGUGACAAAGAGGAGGCCGUGGCCGACUUCCUGAAGAGGAUCGAAUGUUAUAAAAUGACCUACGUCCCCCUCGACGACACCAAGGACAGGAACUUGUCGUACAUUAAAAUCUUCGACGUGGGCAGCAGGUACCUGGUGAACCGGGUGCAGGACCACAUUCAGAGCAGGAUAGUCUACUACCUCAUGAACAUCCACGUCACCCCGAGGUCCAUCUACCUGUGUCGCCACGGUGAGAGCGAACUCAACCUGAUGGGUCGCAUCGGCGGCGACUCUGGGCUUUCAUGUCGCGGGGCAAAGUUUGCCAGCACUCUGGGUGCGUACAUGCGGGGGCAGAGCAUCAGUGACCUGAAGGUGUGGACGAGCCACAUGAAGAGGACCAUCCAAACCGCGGAGGCUCUGGGAGUCCAGUAUGAACAAUGGAAAGCCCUCAACGAGAUCGACGCCGGGGUUUGUGAGGAGAUGACGUACGAGGAGAUUCAGGAGCAUUACCCCGAGGAGUUCGCACUGAGGGACCAAGACAAGUACCGCUACCGCUACCCGAAAGGAGAGUCGUACGAGGACCUGGUCCAGCGUCUGGAGCCGGUCAUCAUGGAGCUGGAGAGGCAGGAGAACGUUCUGGUCAUCUGUCACCAGGCGGUGAUGAGGUGUCUGCUGGCCUACUUCCUGGACAAGAGCGCUAGUGAACUGCCGUACCUGAAGUGUCCUCUCCACACCGUUCUGAAACUCACCCCCGUCGCCUACGGUUGCAAAGUGGAGUCGGUCUUCCUCAACAUCGAGGCAGUCAACACGCACAGGGACAAGCCGGUGAACGUGGACGUGAACAGAGAGCCGGCGGAGGCGCUGGAGACGGUCCCUGAACACAUCUAAAGGAGGACGGCGGCACAGCAGGGAGCCCGUUUUAUUUGCUGAUGGAAAGUGGCCUUUUAUUUUAUUUUAAUCGAAGUAAUCUUAGAGAUCGUCGUUAUCGUGGUUGUUGUGACAGUUUUAAGGAUCACAGCACUGAAAAUGAGACAUUUCUCCUGUGGCAGCCUCUUUCCAUUGUAAAUGCACUUUAUAAUGCAGGCCCAGGCCAAAUGAAGGGGAGUCUCCCACUGUGAAAAAAAAAAUAUACUGCUGAACAUGUGACAGGUGAUCUCACCUGAGCUGUAGGAACCAAUGUGAAAUCAGUCAGAAAGCCGGGUUGAGCCGUGUUAUAUAAAGUUAUCCGUACCCGCAGACAUGGUUAGCAGCUCCAGCUGCCUUUAGCCACAGCGCUGUUACCGUAACGAAGCUCAAAGAGCCUUAAAGGACAGUUUAGAUUUUAUUUUUAUUCCUGAGGGUGAAACAUGGACGUCACCUUCAUGCCAGGGGUCGGGGGUCAGGGGUCAGUUGGUAAAUGGACCAAUAUUUAUAUUGGAUUUUUUUUCUAAUCUUAUCGACUACUUAAAGCCACGUUCACCCAUUCAAACAGCAUUUCCCCCUCACACACACACACACACACACACACAGAGGUGUGAUCCUCACCUGAACAAAUUCUUUCAGGUGAGAAAUAAAAACAGUCUCUGAGUCAGGUGCUUCUCAGCAGCCCUGAGAACUUCCACGAUUGGUUAAACUCGGAGAAAAUAACCACACCAAAAGCAAACAUGAACAGCAAAGCCUUGUAUCAAACUGGAACCACAGCUAUCGCCACCUGGUGGCCUUCAGAUAGAAUGCAGGUUUUCUGCACUAUCUUCAUUAUUGUGACGGGGAAGCUACGUCCAUGUUUUUAUUUUAUUUUUUUAACAUUCUGCUCAUUUAAUCUGCACAAACUGAUGUUUUUAUGACAGAUUUUUCUGUGAUGCUGAGACUCGUGAUGUUGAAUGUUAGUUGGACAGCAGAGGCUGGUUUACCCUCAGAGCUGCUCACUGAAAGAGAAGGCAGUAGAGUCUGUGUAAAGAGGAAGUGAUGUAUCUAAUAACCAUCAGCUUUAGCUUUUUCAGAUCUUUUUUUUUUAAAUGACCCACCUGCCCGGAUGUCUGCAGAUGAGCCUGAAGGCUCCACAUAUUCUCCCCCCCCCGCAGACGCUCAGUCAGCAGAUCAGCUGAGAGCUCCCUGAUUGGAUUCAGCACCUGGCGGCUGGUUUUUGGAUGAAUGUGGUUUUUGGUAGUUGUCGGUAUUCAAACAGAGAAAUGAGGCCUUCAAAGCAAAAACAGAAUUCCUGAGUAAAACACGAGGGGACACUAACUGCCCGAUACCUUAAUGUGCCUCAUUGACACAAAACACACAAUUACUCUAUGCACCCUCCACACACAGACACACACUCGGGGUGUGUACUGACGGGGUCGUUUUAACGAGGGUGGGGGUCCGGUGCAUCUGAUUUCUAAUAUUUAAAAACUACACUGACUGUUCGUGGUUCUGAUGAUGGGUUUACUGUAGAUAAGUUCUGAUCACUCGUUAGGUUUCCUGGCCUCACUGAUGCAGGAUCACUGGUAUCAUGAAUGUGUUAACACUGUGCGCUCAUUCAGCUGUUUAGGAGGCAGAGUUGUUAAUCACAGGCGGCACGAUCAGAAUGAUGAAGUAUUAAAGUCACUGAAGAUCAAUAAUAUAUCAGUUCUUUUAGGACCGACACAAACAGGUUAGAACUAAGUCUAAACAGCCAUGUGGCCAUUAGAGGAACUGCAGUUUCAGGUAUUUUGCAUUGGUUUACUGCUCUGCGGGUUCAGCUUUGAUCUAAACACCCACAAAAAUGCUUCCAUUAAAUGAAUGCAGGAAAAGCAGAAAUGAGGUUUGUGUGCAUGUUUGUGUACCGCUUCUGCUCUGCAAAUAUUUCAUACACACCUGUGCAUGAAAUCAAACAGGGGCUGACAUGUAUCCUGAGUUUCCAGAUAAUUAACUGGGCCAGCUGCAUGCCAGCACACCUGAAGAUAACGAGACUGUAGUGUACAGUUUUCAGAGCAGGGACCUGUUUCAGGUCUCCACCGUCUGCAUACAACAACAGUUGCCCAUUAAAGGAAACGUGUUCAGCUCAGAAACUGCAGCAAAACUGUUGAUUUUAGUCCAAGUUCCCUCUGCAGUAUUAAUACAAAGUGUUCCAGCAUCAUGAUGCGAGGAACCCGGAGUUAAACCCAGUGUACGCUUCAGUGUGGACCUCUGGCCACUUUGUGCUGCUCUGUAAAGGGAGUAGUACACACCUGUGUAUUAAAAUCUUCAGCUUUUUAGUAAUUCUCACAUAUUUCAGCUGACUCAAUCAUAACUAUCAAGUAUUAAGACUAAAUAUACCUCAAAGCCUGCUGUUCACUACUGCACAGGCAGCCUGGGGGAUGGUUAAACUACGGUUACCAUGGCGACCUGCUGUAGUGGGGUUCAUGAUACCAGUGAACCUGAUCUGGAGUCAGACUAACACACUUCUGUUUCUCACUGCAGGCCUCUGGUGUGUGCCAGCUUCAGUGUUGAGGGUUAUGUGGGGUAGCAAUAGAAAAACAACCUCCUCAGGGGAUCCUCGAUUUACACAAAAAAAAAAAAGGGACGCCAGCACGUGUUAGUGUAAAUACAUUAUUGCAUGUACUUCUGUCCACACAGGACGACCAGUGUCUGAGAAAACUGGCCUUUAGAAUCAGUUUGUACUGUGAGUGGUAGCAACUCUGCAGCAAUUGUGUGUUUAGAUGAUUUGUAGAGUAAUCGUGCCCUUCUCUCGUCUGUGUGUAAACAUGAGGUCAUGCCCUCAGCUGUGACUGGGACGUCAAUCAAUGCAAUUUCUGUUGGAUCAAUU